GAGAGAGAGAGGGAGAAACGAAACCGAAAAUGAUAUUAAAAUCAAGUAUCCACGCUGAUGAUCUUAGCCCUUAUUCAGGCGGUGUUAGGUGCAGACUCAACAACCACAGUUCCUCCGACGACGACAACAGUUGCUCCAACGACGACAACAGUUGCUCCAACAACAACAACAGCAGCUCCAACAACAACAACAGCAGCUCCAACGACGACAACAGCAGCUCCAACAACAACAACAGCAGCUCCAACGACGACUACAGCUGCUCCAACGACGACCACAGCAGCUCCAACGACGACAACAGUUGCUCCCACAACGACUACUGCUGCUCCAACGACGACAACUCUUGCUCCAACGACGACAACAGCAGCUAUAACGACGACUCCUGUUCCCACAACAGUUGCACCCACUCCGAAGUUGAAACGCUGCUGGAGAGGAAACAACUGGUGCAACUUGGUUGUUCGCCCGCCACUUCCGCAAAGGAGAACGAAAUGCAAAAGAUUCUUUGGCCGAGUGAAAUGUUUCUACUAUUAACUUGCAAGACUACAUGCAAAUUUGACGAAUAUAUGAACAUUAAGAAAAGAAGAACAAUUCUCUUAAAUUUCUCACACGUUUCAACAAAAAUAACUACCAGAGGACUGUGA